UGCCAUCUUCUUCAGAAAUCACUGGUAAAUACUCAAACAAAAAACGUCUUGAUAUUCCAAUUUCGUCAAUCUCAACUCCUUCAAUUCCUAGUGUAGAACCAGCUGUUUCGGCCGUUAGUAGUACUGUAAUCGAUGCUGCAAAUACUGCUGUAAAUACCGCUACAAAUACAGCCGAGGAAAUUGCUGCG